AUGAAUGAUCCGGGCUGGAGGAACUAUGCAAACCCACCAUGGAACAACAACCAACAGUCAAUGCGGAACAACACAUUCCCAGGAUUUCAACAAGCUUCACAUCCACCACCAACCCCAGCUGAAAAGAAGUCAAACCUUGCGGAGUUGAUAACCAAAUUCAUUCAAACUUUAGAAUCUCGGUUCCAAUCCACUGAGACAGCACUAAGAAAUCAACAAGCCUCUAUUCAUAAUUUAGAAAUUCGGUUGGGUCAAAUUUCUAGACUCCUCUCAGAAAGACCCCAAGGAAGCUUGUCUGGCAAUACUGAGACUAAUCCUAGGGAACAGGUCAAUGCAGUAACAUUAAGGAGUGACAGAACAUUACAAGAGAAGGGGAAGCAAGAAACAGAAAAAGAUGCAAUUGAAGAGGAGGAUAAAUGUCAAGAGGAGACUGUGGAAAAGCCCCCUGUAGUGAAAGAAUUCAUACCUCCACUUCCCUACCCAGCAAGAUUGAAGAAAGACAAAGAUGAUGAACAAUUUGGUAAAUUUCUGUCCUUAUUUCGUCAACUUCAUAUUAAUUUACCAUUUGUUGAUGCCUUGGCACAGAUGCCCAAGUACGCCAAAUUUUUGAAGGAUCUACUAUCCAACAAGAAGAAAUUGGAGGAGUUGGCCACAGUAACUCUGAAUGAGGAAUGCUCAGCAAUUCUGCAAAACAAGAUGCCUAAAAAAUUAAAGGAUCCAGGGAGUUUUACUCUUCCUUGUCUCAUUGGUAGAUUGAUAGUUGAUAGGGCUUUAGCUGAUUUAGGUGCUAGCAUUAAUUUGAUGCCAUAUUCUGUUUUUAAGAAAUUAGGUUUAGGGGAACCUAGGCCAACUAGGAUGAGUAUUCAAUUAGCUGAUAGGUCAAUUAAAUAUCUUAGGGGUAUCAUUGAGGAUGUGCUUGUAAAAGUGGACAAAUUUAUUUUUCCUGUUGAUUUUGUGAUUCUUGAUAUGGACGAGGACACUGAUGUCCCCUUGAUCUUAGGUCGUCCAUUUUUAGCUACUGCAAGGGCUAUAAUUGAUGUGAAGGAUGGAAAGUUAAUUUUGAGGGUUGGAGAUGAAAAUGUCACUUUCAAAAUUCCUAAUGUUUCCUCUCCAAUUGAAUCCCAGAUUAGCUUUGCUUCCCACGACUCUUUGCUUAUUUAUUUACUUUUCAGGGAAGUUUCAGUUGCACUUUAA